GCUGGUCGGCGAGUGGUCCAGAGUUUGUGGACUAAUAUUAGACAGUUUACCUUACAGUUUUUAGUUCUUCUCUCGUGUGUAUGCAGCGCGCUGGCGGCGCCGCAGUGGGGCGGUCUGGGUGUGGGUGGUGUCGGUGUCGGUGGUGUGAUAGCCCACGCGCCCGUCGUCCAUGCGCCGGUGGUACACGCGCCCGUUGCUGUUGCUCAUCCCGUUUCGUAUCCAAAAUACGCAUUCAACUACGGUGUCAAGGAUCCCCACACCGGCGACAUCAAGUCGCAACAGGAGGCCAGAGACGGUGAUGUUGUUAAGGGAAGCUACUCCCUGGUGGAACCCGACGGCACGACCCGCGUGGUGAACUACUCCGCGGAUGACCACACCGGAUUCAACGCCGUCGUGCACCGGACCGGGCACGCCGUACAUCCGGUGGUGGCUCCAGUAGCCCACAUCGCCCACGCCCCAGCGAUAGUCGCAGCGCCGCACGUGUCACAAAGUUUGGCUGGUAUUAGAAGACCAAGACUGACCCUGGCGUCUGAUAGUCCUAAUUAUUACUAUACAAAUAUAGAUGAUAAACCCGGAACGUAUUCAUUUGGAUACGACUUUGUGGACCCUAACACUGGCAACACUCAGUUCCGCACAGAAGAACGGUACCCCAAUGGCACAGUGGUUGGGACGUACGGCUACACCGACCCAAGAGGGAGGUCUCGACAUUUCCAGUAUAUAGCCGACGAAAAAGGAUACAGGAUUAAAAGUGAACCGAAAAAAGAAGCCUACACCUCGUAUGCAAUUCCGGAAACAACAGAGUCCUCCAUCACUUGGACGAGGCCGAACAAACCCAAGAAUAAGAUAAGCUAUUCAAACAGCUUUCCAAGAAGAGAAUAUAACAAGCUUCAACGACCUAGUGUAUAUUUGCUAUAUUAA